GUUUAUUAUUUCACAUACGGCACUAGCAAGUCUAAAACUUUACACUUGUUAGCUCAGGCUAGCAGGUAUUGACUUUUGAGUGGGUAAUAACCACUGUGCACGCUCUAAAUCGAGUUGCUUGCAGUAGAUAAGAAGGAAAUGAGUUUUGUUAAUUAUCCUUUUGUAAGAUUAUUAAAAUUUGCCUAUUGUCAUCAUGACUAUUAUAAACAAAACAAAGUGUUACCUUUAUUUUUCCCUUUUAAGUUGACGUCACUACCCAAACCUGCUAUUAUUCGUUUUUCUCUAUUCCUUUCUAGCAGCAGGAAAUAACGUCAUUCACAGAAUGACCACGAUAGACGUACUAAUUAAUUGAACACGCGUACAGAAAAUGUUCCGUCAGAAACAAAAAAACGCUGUAAUGUGCUGUCCAUUUUAAUUGUUAUCUUGAUUUCAAACGGUACUUACAUACAGCAGUACAGUGAGGAUAUAUAUUUGUCGAAUGAUUUUCAACCCUUGUUUUUACGUUUCGGUUGAGUGAUUUCUUCGAUGUUAAUACUCAGCAUGGAAACUCAUCUGUUUUUUUUUUUUUUGGGUCAUGCCGACUGAAAAUCACUUAAGGACUUCGCUAAAGUACAUAUUUUAACUUGUUGCUAUAAUUUCAAAUAAAUUUACCACUGGUAUAAAAAGUAUCACCCAAAAAAAUCCUUAAAAUACGAAAUCCUAGUUGAACGCACAAACAAAAUUGCCAUGGUUACGCUGCAUGGCUCCAGAAGAUAACAUGCAUUAUAUGUUAAUUGUCGAAAAAAUAUACAUAGUGAUCACGAACUAGAAAGAUCGGUAUUGCAAGGCGAAAUAUUCAAUGUUAAUACUAUCACCGGAGUUAUUAAUUUACAAACGUGCUGAUAGAUGGGAGCUGGAAGCUCAAGAAAAAAUCUUCGGGUUGUAGCCACUGAUUCCGUCAGAGUUAGCACUGUUCAAACCAAUAACAAUAUCGAGAUAAAAGGUACGAACGCGGAAAACCACGGCGAAGUUUUGGAGCCAACAGAAUCUCAAAACGAAGACAUGGAAGAUAGACGUACAUCGGGUAAAUACAAUGUCAAAACCGUGGCAGUAAGCGAAGGCUUAGAAAAGCUAAAAGAACAAAUCGCUACAACGAUCGAUGAUCAACACAACCGAGGAGAAGACGUCGGCGAGGACGAGUCAAGCAUGAUACUAACUUCAUUCAUUGAAAAAAAUCCGAAACUUGAAGAAGCGUUGAAGAAGACAAGAGAUCACUACAAGGGAUUGAAAGAAGCGUUCGCUAAUGGAAUUCUAGCGACAGAAGAGGUAGAAGAACACAUAAAAGGCCUUUUCAGUGGUUAUACUAACCAGCACAAGCCGGCGAAAGCUGUGUUAACAGAUUUCACUGUGCGCCUAGGUCUUCCAAAGCUUGCAUACGACAUCAUCACUGAUCGAAGGAAUAAUUGUCCAGAACUAACAACAUGGGAUAGAGAAACAAGUACAGAAAAACAACCUGAGGAGAAUGAAGCGUCAGCGAAUGCAGAGAAAACGGAAUCUGAGAAAAAUGACAAGAAGACAUCGAACCCGUUAGAAUUAUUGCAAGAUAAUAUCUGCCUGUUUUUGGGAGCCCUUCUGAAUUAUUCUGACUUACAUGACGAGUUUUGCUUGGAGUGUAAUGAAGUCGGUAUGGUUCAGCUUUUUGUGGAGAUGUCCAAAGAACUCCAAGAUUCGAUUCCACACAAUGUGAAAUAUGUAGAACCUAAAACACAACGUCUAAAGAAGUUCACAGUGCGGGGAAAAAUGUUGUCCAGGAGCUUGGGGACUCUUCACAAUUUCUCGAAACGUGUACCAACAAGGGCAAACUUUACUUCUGCCCAGGCGGUGAACUCGUUGCUUCUGCCACUUCUUAAAGCUGAAAUCACGUUUUACAGUGCUAAGAGCCUACUUAUAUUGGCGUACCUGAUUGAUGAACAAAAUAACCAUUUGAUCAUGGCGGAUGAAGAACCAAUCAAUUUUCUCAUACGAUUGCUGAGAAAGGCCAUAGAGACAGAUUACCAUAGAUAUCUAGGAUUUUCUGCCCGAGAACUUGCUGAAGGACUGACGCAAAUUGCAAUCAACGAUAACAACAAGAAAACGAUUGUUAGAUCUGGAGCCAUUCCAAUUCUAGUCAAGAUGCUUGAAAACGCCAAAGAUGACGAGGAGAGAGUGAAUGCCUGUAACACUUUGUGGACGUUGGCGUUCGACGAGGAAAACAAGAAAGAAAUCAAAAAGGACGCGCAUGCCUCAGCAGAAUUACAGAAACUUCUGACAUCGACUAACAAUGAAGUGAAAAAAGCUGCUGCUGGCACAUUGUGGGAAAUCGAAGGAAAAGAAAAACAUGCAGAGGAUAAACAACAGUCAGUUAAAGAGUCAGUGUGCUCUCUAGACGCCAAGCACGUGAUGAUCAGUUAUCAAUGGGAUGUACAAAAGCUCGUGAUUCAGAUCAAAAACAAACUUCAGGCGGACGGCUUCAAGGUUUGGAUGGACAUCGAUGAAAUGGGUGGCUCCACUCUGGAAAGUAUGGCCAGGGCUGUGGAAAAUGCAAGUGUGAUAUUAGUCUGUGUGUCUCAGAAAUACAAGGAGAGUCCUAACUGUCGAUCAGAGGCAGAGUACACAUAUCAGCUUCACAAAGACAUCAUCCCUUUGAUGAUGGAUGGUAAAUACAGACCUGAUGGUUGGCUCGGCUUCAUAGUGGGAUCCAAAUUCUGGAUUGACUUCAGCGAAAAACAUAAACUGGACUCUAAUGUGAGCAAACUUGUGAAAGAAUUGGGGACCAGGGGAAAAAUUGAACUUCAAGAAAAUACUGUGAAAGCCACAGUUCUGGAUGUUGUUGACGCCUCACCACAGUCUACUAUCAGAUCGUGGACGUGUAGUGAUGUGAAAACCUGGCUCAAGAAUGUUGGACUGAGAGACAGGUGAAUAGUACAGUGUUUUUUAUUCUUAUCCCGAUUCCCAAAGCGUUAAGAGAUGUUGAGCAUUGUUACUCUCCCCUGGGAAAUGAAAUGGAGUGGCAUACCCCCAGCUAUUACGUCAGCUUUCGACAACUUCCUCCUGAGCUCUUUCCUCUUGGUUCUUUGGAGCCUGGAACGAGGCUGAGGUUUCGCUAAUAUUUGCUUUUCACUUUUGCCAACUUUUGCUACUGGUGACAAAGGGGCACUAUAAAGCUAAUCAACGUUUUUAGCUUCUGAAACAAUUUGCUUU